AUGCGGCGGCUGUUACAAAAUAGCAAUGGACAAUUAUUUGUCAGCCAAAUUGUGGCCAGGCAUGCAAGCAGCAGUGGCACUAGUUCCCCCGUCCACCAGCCACAAAAGGAGCAGCGAAAACAACAGCAACAGCAGCUUAAGGCCACAACAACACAAACAACAGAAGCGGUCAGCAGAGAAGAUAAAUUUGGUGCCAAAUAUUGCAUGGGUCUGGUGGAAAAAUUUGAUUAUGAGAACUAUUUAACUACUUUGCUACUGCCAAAGGAGCUGCGUCCCGCGGCAUUUGCUCUUCGGGCUUUCAAUGUGGAGGUCUCUCGCGCCGUUGGCGCCCAGCUGACCGAGCCACAAAUAGCUAAAUUGCGCCUUAAGUUUUGGUACGAUUCCAUAGACAAGUGCUUUGAGCCAAAGUCGAGUAAUUCCUAUGUCAAGGAUCAGCCCGUGCUGCGUGAACUGCGACGCACGGUGGGUACAACCAAACUGAACAAGCUAUAUUUACGCCGGCUGGUUACCGCUCGCGAGCGUGCGCCCAAUCAAGCAUUCGAGACGAUACGCGAGCUGGAGGACUAUGCAGAUCAGACCUGCUCAUCGCUGCUGCAUCUGCUAGUGCAACUGAGCGGCGUACAGGAUAUUCAAGUGGAUCAUGCUGCCUCGCAUUUGGGCAAGGCACAGGGCAUUUCCAUGCUGUUGCGUGCUAUACCACACGCUGGACGCCAGCAAGUGGUUUGUGUGCCGCUCGAGGUGUUGGUGCGGCAUGGUGUCAGUCAAGAGCGCAUCCUGCGCAGCCAGCGUGAUGACAAGGGAGUCGAGGAGUGCAUCUUUGAGGUAGCGAGUGCGGCCAAUGCACAUUUAAAAUUGACGCGGCAGCUGUUGCCGCAAAUGCCGCGGCUUGUGCGCAAGAUUUUUCUGCCUGCCGUUCCCACAGAGGGCUACUUGGAGCGCUUGCGCCGGGCGCGCUUUCAGCUUACGCAUCCGAGUUGCAUAAAACGGGACACCAUGUUGCCGGCGCGUCUCUUUUGGAAGACGCUGUUUAACAAAUACUGA